GAGACGUGCGUGCUGCCAUUAAAUUCCGAAGAGUUGACGAUACAUGAUAACAUUUUGUUGGUUAUAAUCCCAGUUAAUCAUUUCAAGACUCCAUUUUUCAACAACGAACCAACUCUGUAAACCGUGCCACCGCGAUGCGACUUUGUUUUUAAAGUGAUAACUUGUAAUAAAACGAGAAGGCACCAUUUUUGACCUAUUUAUGUGGACGAGGUUGUGGCUGUAGCUAAUGCUAGCUACCAAAUAUCAACAGGAAGUAGCAACCGAGCUAAAAGCUAAUGUCUUGCACUUUGAGCUCUCCAGACAUGAAUUGUACUUUGGAGAAAGUCCUGGCCGAUGCCAAAUCGUUGGUCGAACGGCUCCGUAACCAUGACAACGCUGCAGAGCUUUUAAUUGAACAGACAACAUUCUUAAAUAAGCGGGUGGAUGCCAUGCAGCAGUAUCAAGUAGAGAUUGACACACUCAACCAGGUUGCACGUCAUCGGCCUCGAUCCAGUCUGAUCCUGGGCAUCCAACAGGAAAAUCGUCAAAUUAGAGCUCUCCAGAUGGAAAACAAAGAGCUACGGACAUCAUUGGAGGAACACCAGUCGGCGCUGGGGCUCAUCAUGAACAAAUACAAAGAGCAGAGGUCCAGGCUGCUCAUGGCCAGGAACCGAGAUGACCCCACCAUUGUGACACAACUGAAGGAACAGCACACAACAGAGCUGCAAGCGCACGCCGACAAAAUCAACGAGAUGGCCUCUGUGAUGAGGAAAGCCAUCGAGGUGGAUGAGGGGCUGCUAUGUCAAGAUGAAGAAAGGAUUAAACGGCUCGAGCUGGAGAACAAAGGACUGAGAGAACUGCUCGGAAUCAGUCGCGAAGCCUUCCUGAUCCUGAAGAGAGAAGACCCAUCAGAAACCAUGUCACUCUCACCGCCGCCACUGACCAACGCUGAUGGCAGCUUACAAAAAAGCUAGAGUGAUAACUGGACUUCCUAUCCACGCUUCCACGAUGAUGUCUUUGGGAUGCACCAGUUUUCCUCCAUGGUUCCACCAUCAAUCACCCUGUGCAUGCCUACUGUAUCACCCUCCUCCAGAGCUGCAGUUGAACAAUCACUUGUCAUUUCUUUUCUUUUUUUUUAGCUUGGCCAGUGUGGCAAGUGAAGGCUGUGGCACUUGCAAUAACUUGAAGGUGUGCGUGAGAUUUGAAAAAAAAUGUGUGAGCUAAAAUAAAUAUGAUUAUCAAA